AUGUUACGCAGUCAAAGCAUAUCUAAUUUGAACAAUACAAAGUCAUCUUCAAGCUUUUUAAAGUCUUUGAGAUCUAAGAAAUCAGAUACAGAUAUUAAAAAUGGUUCUACCAAGAGCAAACGGAACUCACGUCCUUUAAGUGCCAGUAUCUCCUCAUUCAAUCUUAAUAUAUCUCUGCCCAAACUAUCUUCCCAAAAGAGUUUUACUGAAGACAAUAAAGAAAACCAGAACGUUGUCAAGACAUUAAGACCUCGUUCAAGUGCUCCAAUUCUAACUGAUCAUCAAUCUAAAAACGCAUCAUCACAAACAUUGUCACGUCCACCAAUUUCUUCGAAACGAUAUUCAUCAUACUAUUCAACCAGUAGUCAAAUUAGCCCACAGACUGUUCAAUCACAAAUAGAUUCGAUAUUUGAUGAAUCCUCAGUACUAUAUGUUGAUUUGGAAAAUGAGGAAAAUUUAUCGUCAUCAAAUUCAUCAUUAUCAUCAAUAGUUAAUCAAGACCAUACCUAUUUACAAAAUAAAAUCCAUCGAUCAAUUAAUUCCUACAAUUUGUCUGAUUUUGUAAAUCGAAUGAAUGGCCACAGCAACAAUAGUGAAAAUGUGGAAAAAAAUAAUUUAUAUGAACUAGACCAAUUGGCCCAAUGGAAUGCCAAACUCACUGAAAUUGACAAUGAUAAUAAUACCAUUGGCCAAUUUGAAACUAAAUUCAAGUUGAUAGAAAGUAUUCUCGUUGUAUCGGUUGCCCACAAGAAUAGCCUUGCCAGUGUUUCUACAACAAAAAAUAUUCUUGCCAUUGAUGACUAUUCAAAUGUUUUCAAAUCAGAAGAUUACGUAGAAGAAGAUUUAAUGUUUAGUUUAUAG